UUGAACCAGUGCCAAAGACAUCCUGCUGCACUCUGCUCUGUGCUCUUGGACACUCAGCAUGGCUCUAAACGUCCCGGGACUAGUAGCCACUAUCAUAUUCUACCUGCUGGUACUCGGGAUCGGCAUCUGGGCUUCCAUCAAAUCUAAAAGGGAUGAAAACAGGGCACAGGCAAACCACGCAGACAUGGCUCUGCUGGGGAACAGAAAGAUCAGCUUGGUAGUGGGCAUCUUCACCACAACCGCUACCUGGGUUGGUGGGACCUUCAUCAUUGGCACAGCUGAGACGGUGUACGAUCCAAAGCUGGGACUGAUUUGGGCUGUGAUGCCUUUAGCAGCAACACUGGCCUUCAUUGUUGGUGGUCUUUUCUUCGCUGAGCCGAUGAGAGACAAGAAGUACGUGACCAUGAUGGACCCUUUCUGCAUCAAGUACGGAGACAGACUGAGUGGCCUUCUGUCUGUGGCGCCGCUGAUGUCCGAAAUUAUUUGGGUGACAUCGACGCUGAUAAGCUUGGGAGUAACCAUGAGUGUGAUCCUGGAUCUGUCCUACGCCGUGUGCAUCUGGAUCUCUGCUGCUGUGGCCAUCACCUACACCCUGCUGGGAGGCCUCUACUCUGUGGCCUACACAGACAUCAUACAGCUCACUCUCAUUUUCAUCACUUCGUGGCUGUGCAUCCCUUUCCUCUUCAUGAGUCCCACCUCUGUUGACAUCACAACCACGUCCUUCAACCACACCUUCCAGGCUCCGUGGGUGGGCACCCUGACCGCAGACAGAGCCUGGAGGUGGAUUGAUAUAUUUUUACUCCUGAGUAUAGGAGACCUCGGUUUCCAGGACUUCCACCAGAGGACGUUAUCAGCCUCUACCUCGGCCACGGCCAAGUUGCGAUGUUACGCUGCAGCGUUUCUCAUCCCCACCUUUGGAAUUCCUCCUGUGCUCGUUGGGGCAGUGGCUGCAUCGACGGACUGGAACCUGACCUCAUAUGGGUCUCCGUCUCCUUUUGAACGAGGUCAGACAGGUCUGAUUUUACCCCUCUCCCUGCAACACCUGACCCCGCCCUACAUUUCCGUUGUUGGAAUUGGAGCUGUGGCUGCCGCUGUGAUGUCAUCAACUGACUCUGCCCUGCUGUCCGCAGCCUCCAUCUUCACCUCAAAUAUCUACAAGACAAUCCUGAGGACCCAGGCGUCAGAGAUGGAGAUCCGAUGGGUGAUUCGUAUCGCUGUGGUUUUAUUCGGCCUGGCUGGUACAUCACUCACCUUUCUCCAUACGGGUGUUAUGGCUUUCUGGGUCCUGGGUGGAGAAAUAGCCUACAUUAUGAUGUUCCCGCAGCUGGUCUGCGUGCUCUUCUUCAACAUCUCCAAUGGUUACGGUGCCACUGUGGGCUUCUUGGUUAGUUUUUUUUUAAGACUUUUGUGUGGAGAGCCCUUGCUUAGGCUACCACCUGUCCUCCAUUUCCCAGGAUGCACCUUUGAAGACGGUGUUUACGUUCAGUACGCCCCCAUCAGGACCAUCUGUAUGUUGGUGUCUUUUGUCACCAUAUUGCUGGUCUCUGCUGUGGCCUCUGUGCUCUUCAACAAAGGACUGAUCCCUCAGAAGUGGGAUGUGUUUCAAAUCCAGAACUCACCACAAACACAAAUACCAACAGGAGGUGCUCGAAGCAAUGAAAUCCACCACCCACAACCUCUGUGUGAGAACGGUGGAGUCUCAGAUCCAAUGUUGGAAUCAACUUGUUGAAAUGCAGAUGAUAGAAAAUGAGCAUCAUUGUGUCUUGUGGAGAUUAAGGAAGCCCAGAGUGGCAAUAGGUGCAAUCAGUGUUUUUGAUGCUGUUACACUGAUGUCAAAAUUAAGUUUUCUCCUGAUGGAGAUGAUGGUUUUAUUGGGAUAUAUAAACCUGUUAUCACAGGAAAACAAAAGGUCUUUCUCCCUUACUCUUAUGCCCACAGGGCAGUGUGUGUGUGUGUGUGUGUGUGUGUGUGUGUGUGUGUGUGUGUGUGUGUGUGUGUGUGUGUGUGUGUGUGUGUGUGUGUGUGCGUGCGUGCGUGCGUGUGUGUUUUGAUUGAAUGUGUGUAUCAUGAUCCGCUCUUAUGAAUCUUAUCAUUUUCUCAUGAUAAAUUAUCUCAUCAUCUAAGGAAAUUUGACUGUUUUUUUCAUCAAAUAACAAGAUGAAAUAAAAACCUGUUCUAACAUUUAA